CAGCAGCUACCCUUUUCCUUCAAACAAACUCCCCAUCUGAAAUAGAUUUGUCGCUGCAUGCUAUUAGUUUGGAGACCUUAAAGCUUGCCCGGAUGCACAACUCAUUGAGUUGAGCUUGCCUUUUAAAUUCAUCCUGCUGUGUUUCCAGUCCUUUUGUUUGUUUCUUUGCUUGCACCUUUGUUUGCAUGCCAUUAUUUGGUUUCAUAAUCAUGACAGACAUCUUAUUAUAUGCAAACUGACACAGCCUCUUGUCAAACCAGAUAAAUCACAGCUUACCGGGUAUGAGUGAAGAAACGAUUGCUUCCCAUAGCUUGUCAAAUCACCCUGCAUUCCAUCAUGUUUUUCUCUUCCUGAACUUCACUGUUCUUUAUUAAAGAAAAGAAAAUACUGUACUAAUCGACCAAUAUGGUCAGCUUUUUUGUCAGAAAUCAGAGAAAAUACAGCUACACUUGACUUAUAAACUUGACUAGGUCAUAAAAACCGUUCUUUUCUGAACCAUAUAAAGGUGACAUGGAAUAUUCCCAUGCCGUAAGGAAAAAAAAAACUCCAUUGAUGUAAUAAACUGGUUUUAAAGUCCUGACCCUAUCAUAACACUGCCUUCAGAGGCUUGUACACUGGCCACUAUGCUUUUCUUUAUGCGCUUGCCUUCUUACCCUGAUAAGCAAAUCGCUUUGGAAAAGGAACAAUCUGGACUUAUCAGACCACAUGACCUUUUUCCAUUGCUUCAAAGUCUAAUCUUUAUUUUCCCCAGAAAGUUGGAGGCUUUUUUACUGAUUAGUCUCACUAACAAGUGUUUUAUCUUAUUAAAAAAACAGCUCUUUAGUCCCAAUCCUGUGUUGAUUACAAAUCUCCUUAGUGGUUUUCUUUGCCUGAUCCAGCCCAAUAAUUUGAUCCUUCUGAAACUGUGACUUUUUUUUUGUUUGUUUUUGUUUUUUUGGACAAUGUUAUUUCUCAAAGCAUCGGUCAAGAAUAUGUUGCUGAUAUUGUUUACAAGUUUAAAAUUCCUUCAAGAGGGCUGCACUUGCGGGCCCCUACAAAAGAGACGAAGAAGUAUUAGAGUAUUUCUUAAACAAUGAAGAAGACGAGAGACUGAAACGGGUUCACUUCAUUUAUUCUGUAUGAGGAAAGAGACAGCACGGCGAAUUACAAAACAUGAAGCAGAGAGAGAGAGAGAGUGAGGGAAGAAGAGGAAGGGGGAAGAGAAGGCAAGCGACUUCAAAGAGAAUUUGAAUAUUUUUGUAACAGCCUCUGCAAAGCCUGUUAUCUCUCGCUCUCUCUUUCUCUCGCUCAGCUCACAGGAAUCUACCCUUGACAAAGACCUGCAAAAUUUCUCCAUGCACAUUUUUCCUUUGUUUUUUUCCCCCCCGCUACAUUCUUCUGAGUUUUUUCAUCUGCAUCAUUUUCAAUUUUAAAUAUGUUAAUCCAUAGCGGAUCUCUCACUCACUCUGUCUUCACCUUCCUCACUAUCAAGCUCUCUGGGCCUAAAGCGUGACAAAAAUUAAGGGACAGUGGAUUAUUUUUCCAAAGGGCGUAAAUAAAAAGUAUAUAGGGUCGAUUGCCCCGGGUUUGAUUGUAAAUUUCCCGAACUGAUGCCAUUCCUUUUUCCACACCAAUAUAAAAAGGGGGUGAUGGCAGUAGACGCCCGCUCGGACUCCGCGAUAGGCCAACAGAAAGAAGGUCAAGAAAAUGCUGCCCUUUGAUUGGCUCUUAGGCUUUAGCUGCAUACACUGAUUGGAGCAGAAUCUUCUGGGGUGCUUCUGGUUUUUAUGAUGGGGAUUAGUCCAGAAGAUUGGACACAGUCCCAGAGAAUUGCAGCUGCUCUGCAGAAAGAGAAACGAGUGCAGAGAUAUGAAGCUGUGGAGUAAGACCGUGAGAUACUGAGAGAAGGAAAGAGAGAGCACAGAAGAAGGGUGUAAAUGGGGAAAUGCAGCAAAAGGAAGACAGUGAAGGGAGGAGAGAAAAGGAGGGCGAAAAUUUAAUCGGGAUACGCAGGAUGACAGAAAAGAGAAAGAAAAUAGAAAAAGUUCAUAGAUAAAGAAUGAUUGUGAGAAAGAACUGGAAGAGAAAAAAAAUCAAGUAAGGAAUUGCCUGGAGGAGUCAAGACAGUAAAGAACAUUCAGAGAUAUAUUGUAAGAGAAGACAGGAGCUGAGAAAAGAAGAGAGAAAGAGCAAGAGACGGGCAACGAGGUACAAAAAGUUAUGAGGAAGCAGGAAAGCAGAUAUAGACGAUCAGCGCCAUGGAGAGAGACCGUAAAAGGAAACUAGUGAGACAGACGGAAAACUGGAGAGAGAAAUGCAGAAAGAGGAGUGAGACAGAAAGAGAAGAGGUAGAGUAAGAGACAGGAUGAAGAGUAGAGGAUUGAAGCUGAGAGAUCGAGGGAAAGAGAAGAGAUGGACUGAAAAAGAGAGACAGACACUUGCAGUCUCUCUCUCUCUCUCUCUCUCUCUCUCUCUCCUGACCCCUCCCUCUCUUCCAGAGUACAGUGUGUAGAGCUGAAGAUCAGCAGUGUGUCUGCUAACACCUCAGCCUGUCUCCAUGUCUCCAGCUGUGUCUCGUGCUUGGACACAUCAUAUAUACACACAGACAUUUCAGUGCGGUUUUGCAUUACACACCUUCUGACCAACCAGGAUUAACUUUUGUGCUGUCUUUUUGUCUUUUUCGCAUCAUGGACUCCGUUUUUUAGAUGAACACAUUUUUUGGCUUUUCCACUAAACCAACAACCGGGCUCCUGAUCUGUUCUCCUGAACGAAUCGACGUCCGGUUUCGUCCGUGAAAUUUUCGGCUGCACGUCUUCAUUACCGUGGACAUUUUUUUAAUGUGGAAAAGCAGCCAUUCGUUCUCCUAGGGGUAGGUGCUUGGCGAGACAGGACAGGAUGUGUGAGUAGGUCCUGAGCGCACGCAGAGACACAAGCUGCCGUGUUUAAAGAGCGAACAUGGACAUGAUGACGGCGUGCUGGAGGGGACAGGAGGAGCAGGCUGCCAAAGCUAAGGCGGAAAAAAUUCGUGUGGCUCUGGAGAAAAUUAAGGAAGCGCAGGUCAAAAAGCUGGUGAUCCGCGUGCACAUGUCGGACGAGAGCUCGAAAACCAUGAUGGUGGACGAGCGUCAGAGUGUGAGGCAGGUGCUGGACAGCCUGCUGGAUAAGUCCCACUGCGGAUACAGUCCCGACUGGGCUCUGGUGGAGACCAUCACCGAGCUACAGAUGGAGCGUAUUUUUGAGGACCAUGAGAACCUGGUGGAGAACCUUCUUAACUGGACCAGAGACAGCCAGAACAAACUCAUGUUCAUCGAGCGGAUCGAGAAGUACGCACUCUUUAAAAACCCACAGAACUACCUACUAGGAAGAAAGGAGACGUCCGAGAUGGCUGACAGAAAUAAGGAGGCACUGCUGGAGGAGUGUUUUUGCAGCGGCUCUGUAUCAGUGCCUGAGAUUGAGGGAGUGCUCUGGCUAAAGGAUGAUGGGAAAAAGUCCUGGAAGAAGCGCUACUUCUUAUUGCGCGCUUCUGGCAUUUACUUCGUGCCUAAGGGCAAAGCCAAGGCCUCUAAAGACUUGGUGUGCUUCCUGCAACUGGAUCAUGUAAAUGUUUAUUAUGGACAAGACUACCGGAGCAAGUAUAAGGCCCCCACUGACUACUGCCUCGCUCUCAAGCACCCUCAGAUUCAGAAGAAGUCUCAGUACAUCAAGUAUCUGUGCUGUGAUGAUGUCAGAACCCUGCACCAGUGGGUCAACGGAAUCCGCAUUGCCAAGUAUGGGAAACAGCUGUACCUGAACUAUCAGGAGGCCAUGAAACGCACGGAGGCCGCCUAUGACUGGUCAUCCCUAUCCAGCUCCAGCAUCAAGUCUGGCACCAGCUCAGUCAGCAACCCUGUAGAGUCACAAUCCAACCAUUCAAGUCAGACCGACAGCGGGGUGUCAGAUGGCACUUCAUCCACACAUGCACGAUCACAGAGUGUCGUCAGCUCCAUCUUCUCUGAGGCCUGGAAGAGAGGCACGCAGAUGGAAGAGAGUAGCAGGUCAAGACCAGAGUCAACACGUUCAAGUCAUUCUAUCCACAGUGUGCAUGGUGGCCACUCCAGCCAUGUUCACUUUAACACCCCUCAAUUGACGCAGCAGCAUCAAUCAAUUUCAGUGCCACACCCACAUGCACAAUCAGCCUUGCAACCUCGUGGUAGCAUUACUCAAACAGCCAUUCAAGCUCCACCUCAGCCUGCACCAGUUCUACCCCUGCCAACACCAGCUCCUCCGCAGCCCCCGCAAGCUCCACCCAAACUCUCUCCAGUUCUAGCCCAGUCCACUCCCAUUUUGCCCCAGACCUCAUCAGCUCCACCCCAGUACUCUCCAGUUCUGACCCACACCUCUUCAGUACUGUCUAAAAUGUCUCCAGCUCCGCCAACACCACCCCCUCCUCCUCCUCCUCCUCCUCCUCCGCCACCACCUCCUCCCAUCUGUGUCCAUCACUACUCAGGCCCACAUAUAUUUGCGAAAUAUAGCACCAUCAACCGCCUGAAGAAUGCCUCUCAGACUCCUAAGCCACACCCCCAAGCACAGCAGGUGCUUCCAGUAUCUUCCUCCCAGCCUUUAAAGUCUCACAUAAACAAUAUUCCACCAGGAGCAAUGGUCCCACCCCCACCACCUCCUCCUCCUCCACCACCCAUGCCUGCUCCUGGUUCUGCCAUGGCUGUUCUGAAACUUGGCCCUUCAAGCCCAGUCUCUGUACCUUCAUUCACCCCACCACCCCCACCAAUGCCAUCUCCACCUCAGGCAUCCAUCAAAUCCCAUAUUCUUCCAUCUCCACCUCCAACACCAAUCCAGUCCUACCCUCUUCCUCCACCUCCACCUCCUGUCCAAUCCCAAUCUUUUUUUCCACCUGCACAUCCAACAUCUACCCAAUCCCACUCUUUCCCCCCACCUCCACCCCCAGCAACUAUCCAAUCCCAACCUUUUCCCCCACCUCCACCUCCAGCACCUGUUGAAACACACUCUUUUCCUCCACCUCCACCUCCAGUACCUAUCCAGUCCCAUCCUUUACCACCACCACCUCCAGCAUCUCACAAAUCCCACCCCUUUUUUCCAUCUCCAGUGUCCAUCCAGUCCCAGCCUUUUCCCCCACCUCCACCUCUUCAGUCCCAAACCCUUCCACCAGCCCCCUUCCAAUCUGAGGGUUUUCCUCCACCUCCACUGCAAACUAACAACCUGCCUCCUCCACCCCUGCCACAACCAGCCCCAACUCCGUUAACUUCCAACGGCCUCAAACACAUUCUAGCCCAGAAGUUCCCCAACAUACCCAGGGAUGUGUCCUCUCCAGGCACUCAAACUCAGUCACCACCACCCCCUCCUCCUCCUCCACCACCACCCCCUGUUCCUCCUGCCCCUCCACUCCCUCCUCAGCAGCAGCCCCCUGCUCUAGUACCACCUCCCCCUCCACCUCCUCCACCUCUGCUAUCAUCUGCUUUAGGGGUAACUCAGGCACUGGCUAAAACCUUCACUGGAGGAUUUCCACCUCAAACUGCACCCAAACCAUCAGGCGUUGGCAUACAGGUGUCUUCAGUUUCUCCUCUUCUUCCAGGUCCCCCACCACCACCUCCCCCACCACCUCCACCACCUCCUGCACCAUUGAAAACUCAUCCACCACCUACACUACCCAAGCAGCAGAGCAUCACCAAAACAAUGCCCUCUUUGAACCAGAGCUCUACUGCAUCAUCUUUGGUCAAACAGAUUGCCAGCCAGUUUCCAGGUGCUGUUCCCUCAGUGGGCAAUCAUGCAGAGGGUCACAGACCACCACCAUCAGCACCUGCAGUAAAGACUAAACCAAAAUGGCAACCAGGUGGACAAAUUCAACAGCAGCAGCGGUCACCUGAGUUUCCACCACCACCUCCAGAUACCACACUCACUUUCCCACCACCACCGCCUCCAUGCCCACCUCCCCCACCUCCCCCAUGUCCAGCACCACCACCACCACCUCCACUACCCCCUGCAGAGUUCAAUUCUCCAAUGAAGGUCCCUUCUGCAUCCUACGGAGGAGGGAUCAAGAAGCCUCCCCCAGCUCCUUUACGGGACUCAAGUGUUAAAUUAGACUCUUCAGCCGAGUAUCAGGAGUCCCGCCGAAAUUUAGUGAGCAAGUUCAACCCCAGUUUACCAUCAUCUGCUCCAGUGUGUUCUGGAUCUCCUACCAAGGAUUCUUUUACUGGACCACCUGCCCCACCUAAACCUGGCAAGCUUAAUCUGACCAAUCUUCCACUGGGUUUGCAGAACAGAGUGGGUCAAAACCAGCAGCCCAGCACACAUUUCCCCCCCCAUGUCCCAACUGAGAACAACAGUUUCCCUCCUCCUCCUCCUCCCCCUCCCCCUCCACCUCCUCCUCCACCACCACCACAUGUAUCAGGUCUCCCAACUCCACCACCCCUACCAGGCACCCCAAAGGUAGCUGUUGUGAACCCUCAGCCCAAGCCUGCAUGGAGCAAGAACUCUCUAAAGAAGACAGCACCCCCUACAUUACUGGGCCGCAACAAUUUAACACCAGAGCCUCCACCACUGACCCCACCUCUACAAGGAGGGUCCGCAACUCCAGCCUCUCCAAAAGGAAGUAGUCAGCCAAACUUUCUAGAGGACUUGAACCAGACUCUGAGGCGGAAGUCUUUGCGUAACUCUGCAGCCAAGUUGGACCCUGUGGCUACCAUGGAUGACAUGGUACUGCCUCCACCUCCUCCAGAGCUUCUUGAUCAGCAGAGACAUAGUGGGAGUGGGUUUAUGUCCAACAACAUCUCUGGCUAUGCAACAAUAAGACGAGGUCCACCUCCUGCCCCACCUAAACGGGACAACACCACCAAACUGACAAACUAAGAGUACUGGAAUGUCUGUGGAUGCUCUUUGUUGAUUCCUCAGCAGGGAUGUGGAUAAAUAGCAAUCGGUCUAACUGACUUUUAAACAAUAUUUAAACUGUCAAAAUUACUCUCAGCUUUAAAUAUGCAUCAGUGCACUCAGUAAAAAAUUCAGUUUCAAAUUAUAAAAUAAAGGAAAUCUCUGCACCAUACUGGUACUGCAUGGACGAAAGGGCAAAAAUUAUAUUAAGUAAACAAAACUGGUUUGUUUUUGGGUGGUUGAAUGUGAAGAAUUUAUAGGCAAUGAAAUUUGGGAAGAAUUUUGCCUUUGUUUUUUAUAUGAAUUUAUUUAAAUGUAUGAAGUCUUUUUUUUUAUUUUGAGAUGAAGUUGUUGGUGAUGAAGGGUUGACAGUCAUUGAGAGAGUAGUAUAUGUUAAGUGCUUUUGUACUGAGAGUCAUAGGCUGGCCUGGCCCUUCCUAUUUGCCUGAAAGAGACAGGGACUGAAUAUACUGGUGAAUGUGCUUAGCAUUCUUUAGGGGUGCUUUGGAAUUUUCAAGAAUGUUUGUGAAACGUCUUAAGUAGCAACUUUCUUAAAAAUCAGUUCAGAAAAUGAUUCAUGCUAUUUAUAUCUAGGUAAAGGUCGACAUACAUUCUUUGGGAAAAGAUUUGGGAAAUAUUUAAUAAGGGACUUCUUAUCAAAAUAACCUACAUAAAGAGACUUGUCAUGAUUGCUUACAAGAUUCUGUGAGAGUAUGGAAUAUGUUAAACAUGUCUGACUUGCCUACACACUUCACAUCAAUUCAGUAUUUUACUGUACAAUAUCGCCUGCUUUGUCCGUUUCUAAAAAUGCUGUUUUAUGUCAAGAAUUCAGUCAUCCUGGUUACAGUUUCUGAAAUAUCUUGAACUUCAAGUGGCUUGUUGUGUUGAGCUCAUGUCCUGAAACUCUGGAACAAUGUCCUAACUAAUGGCUACUUAUGAUCUAAUCCUUUAGUAGGAAGCAGUCAAUGAAAAGUCCAUCUUGUAUAGACAUGUCAAAAAUUUUAAUGUUUUGGUAAAAUGACCAGUAGGAUUUUAUUUCACCAGUCCAUAUUACAACUUCCCUACUGAAAUAACAACAAUUUAAAAAAGAAAUCUGACCACAUAAUAGCUGUUAUUGAGCAGCAGAAUGCAAAAUAACCAUGCCAUAUAUGUAUAAACAUGUGUAUUACCUUACAGAACCAUGUAUUCCACUUGAAAGGAUAUUUGUGUUUUUGAAGACAAUUCAACAAUAUCAUGUUUUUUUUAAGGUUUUUGAUGAUGUAAACAUUAAAUUAUUAAAGAUAAUAAUCCAGUCUUAAACCAUGGGAACACGAUGGAAUAAAUUCUUCUCUUUUAA